CUUGAGAACGGCAACUUAUGCCCGACUCACUCAGGUCAAUUCGUCGAAGGCAGCUUUGUCAAUUCAUCAGGAUGGAGAAUCUCCGAGCAUAUCAAAUCUAGAGAAUACAGGAAACUGGGCCACGCGAAUGAAAGACGCACUGAAAAAGCGAGGCGACUUCAACAUAAUUUUAGUGGACUGGGAUAAAGGAGCAGAUAAAGAUUACUUCCAGGCUGCAGGAAACACUCGACUUGUGGGGGCUCAAGUUUCGGAGCUCAUAAGGUUCUUGAUUUCCAGUGCCUCCGGGUCACCUUCCUCUCCAGAGAAAUUUUACAUCAUAGGAUUUAGCCUUGGUGCUCAUGCAGCAGGAUAUGCUGGGACUUAUCUGAAGGAUAACGCCAGAAUGACACUUGGCCGUAUUACAGGAUUGGAUCCAGCGGGACCCCUUUUUACCAAUGUCCGCGAUGCUCGGUUCCGACUAGAUCCAAGUGAUGCUAGAUACGUUGACGUCAUACACACCGACAUGCCACCGAAAAGUGGUGUAUUCGGUUUCGGGAUGCGUAACGAGGCUGGCCAAGCACACUUUUUUCCAAAUGUAGGCGUCAAACAGCCUGGCUGUAGACAAAGCCUCGCCAAACUGGACAUCUUCUGGACCGUAAUCUGUGACCAUAUGAGGGCUCCAGAAUUCUACAUUGCAUCAGUAAACCAAUGCUCCUGGAGAGCGCAUCCUUGCAAGAGUCUUGAAGAUUGUGAGAGAGGAAAUUACGCAAUAUGCAAUAGCGGAUGCUCCUCAAAGGGAUUUAGAGCCGACAAACCAAAGAGAACUGGCAGAUUUUAUUUGAAGACAACCAGCAACUCGUCAUUUUGCUGUAUGAUGUUUUAUAUUUUGGCUAUUGUUGCUCCGUCUUCUUUCAGAUCCUUUCGUGAGACGCACCGUUAUUCCAGCUUAGAUUAGCAGUUAAAAACUGCCAUUUUAAGUUGUCUGAAUACUUUUAAUGCAUUUAACCGAAGAUUCUGUCAAUGGAGGUUUACCGUAAUUGCCCUAUGUUAUCGUGUUCAUUUCGCCGGAGCAGAAUAGAGACCAAAAUAUGAAAAUAUGACAAACGAAAAAGGAAUAGGACUAUUAUAUGCAAUCAAAAUAUUUUUUGGAUCCUUAGGAUUGCAACAAAGUGGAAAGGGUUGCUGACUGACGCCUUGAUUAAAGAAUCCACCAUUUCAAGUCUACGGAUUGAUUGAGGAUUAAAUGUCUUCGUUUCCUUGA